AUGCGAAAGCCAAGAAGCAGCUCGAUGAUGAUGUUCACCCGCAGCAACAGCAACCUGUCGACGAUGCUUGGGAUGGGCGUGUUGCUGCUCGCGAUCGGUGGUCUGAUCGGUCCGGCCAGUGGACAGCGCACGCCAACCAUCUCCUAUAUCACGCAGCAGCAGAUCAAAGACAUUGGUGGUACGGUCGAGCUGGACUGUGCCGUCCAGUACGCCAACGAUUACUCCGUGCACUGGGUUAAGACCAGCAACGACCGUUCGGACGUGGUGUUUCUGUCCACGGGCAGCUCGCUGGUGUUGAAAGAUUCGCGCUUCUCGCUCCGGUACGAUCUGUCCUCCACGACCUACACGCUCCAGAUAAAGGACAUCCAGGAAACGGAUGCCGGCAUCUACCAGUGUCAGGUGGUACUGUCGGUGACGAACAAAAUCUCGGCCGAGGUCGCACUGAACGUACGCCGACCACCGAUCAUCUCCGACAACUCCACCCAAUCGUUGGUGGUGUCCGAGGGAGAACCAGCCCAGAUGGAAUGUUACGCUUCCGGUUACCCGGUGCCACAGAUUACCUGGCGCCGUGAGAACAACGCCAUACUGCCGACAGGUAGUGCAACGUACUCCGGCAACGUGAUAAAACUUCACUCGGUAAAGAAGGAAGAUCGUGGCACGUACUAUUGUGUGGCAGACAACGGUGUCAGUCGGGGCGAUCGGCGUAACGUGAAUCUGGAGGUAGAGUUUGCACCGGUAGUGACCGUGCCGAGACCGCGCGUCGAACAAGCGCUACAGUACGAUAUGGAUCUGGAGUGUCACAUCGAAGCGUACCCACCGCCGGCCAUCCGUUGGCUAAAGGAUAGUGUGCAGCUGUCCAGCAAUCAGCACUACCAGCUGUCACAGUUUGCCACCGCGGACGAGUUUACCGAUUCGACGCUGCGUGUCAUUACCGCCGAAAAGCGCCAGUACGGGGAGUACAUGUGUCAGGCAACGAACAAGCUGGGCGUGGCGGAAGGACGCGUCGAGUUUACCGAGUCCGUUAUUCCCGUGUGUCCGCCGGCAUGCGGGCAAGCACGUUACGGUGGCGGUGCCAGUGCAAUUUCCGUCUCGAGCGUACUGAUGGCGGUGGCUACCGUGCUGACGAUGGUAGCGAUUGCAUAGUACGUGAAGCGAGCGUAAGGAGACAGA